GUGGAAGUUGCACUCGUAGAAAAUGUCGACGGCCCCAAAGAAAAUACCGUAUGUUCGGCUUGGAGCGUCAGGCCUGAAGGUUUCGAAGAUCAUACUUGGCACCAUGCAGUAUGGGCAUAAGGGUUGGGGAGACUGGCUUAUUGACGACCAGAAGGAAGUUACAAGCCACAUCAAAUACGCAUACGAGCAUGGCAUAAAUGCCUUCGAUACUGCCAACACGUACUCCAACGGUCUAUCAGAGAUCAUGCUCGGGAAGGCUAUCAAGGAGCUGAACCUUCCUCGGGAGGAAAUCGUCGUACUAACAAAGGUCUAUAACCCUGUUGCCAAAGAAUACGGAAUUCCAAUAAUGGCGUUGCGUGGCAAGGAGGAUUCCAUGGGCUUGGUCAAUCAGUACGGGCUGAGCCGGAAGCACAUAUUCGACUCGGUCAAGCAUAGCUUGGAGCGCCUCCAGCUGGACUAUAUUGACGUAUUGCAAUGCCAUCGAUUCGACCCUCAGACGCCUCUCGAGGAGACAAUGCAAGCCCUGCAUGAUGUCGUGAAGGCGGGCUACGUACGGUACAUCGGCAUGAGUUCUUGCUAUGCAUAUCAAUUCCAGGCCAUGCAAAACUACGCAAUCACCCACAACUUAACGCCGUUCAUCUCCAUGCAGAACCACUACAGCGCUAUCUACCGUGAAGAAGAACGUGAGAUGUUCCCUACCCUGAAGAUGUUCGGUGUUGGGUCCAUUCCCUGGUCCCCUCUUGCUAGAGGGCUAAUCACCAGACCACUCAGCGAGCAGACACUGCGUGGCGAGACGGACUGGUUCAUCCAGACUUAUAGGAAAGGCCUGGGUACUACCGACAUAGUCAACAGGAUCGAGGAACUCGCGAAGAAGCGAGGCGUAAGCAUGGCUCAGAUCAGCAUAGCCUGGAUCCUAAGCAAAGAGGGUAUCUCGGCGCCAAUCGUCGGGACCACUAAACUCAAGAACUUGGAAGACAUCAUUGGCGGCGUUCAUCUGCAGCUGGCGCCGGAGGAGAUUGCAUACAUCGAAGAGCCAUACAAGCCUGUAUCUAUUAUGGGUCAUACGUAGAGGUCCAUGUACGCAGGCAGGUUAGUUGUACCCGUACGAUGAGAUGAUCACUGGCUUUCUUGAGUGCCUACAAAUCAGGAAGGAAUUUUGAUAGCGAA